GGGCACCGUACGUUUUUUGCGGGUAUCUUUAUACUAGUAGGAAAAUACUGACUAACUAAAUUGUUUGAAAUCUAAAAAUCCAGAUUGAGUAUAAAAAUGAUAUUUUGUAUUCAAAAUAGUCUUAUAAUGAAGCAAGGACUUGCUAAGUAUGGAUCUCCUAUAAAUUGCUGGAGAAUAAUAAAUAAAUCAUAUGCCACUAAAAGUAAUAAUGGUUCUAAAAAUAUUGUAUUCAUUGAUGGUGUUAGAACACCAUUUUUACAAGCUGGUACAAGUUAUAAACAGUUAAUGGCAUAUGACCUUGCUAGAGAUUCACUAGUGGCUCUGCAAAAAAAAAUUAAAUUUCCCAGAGAAAUAGUUGAAUAUAUUGUUUAUGGUACAGUGAUGCAAGAAGUAAGAACUUCAAAUAUUGGUAGAGAAGCAGCUUUGGGUGCAGGAUAUAGUGAUCAUACUCCUGCACAUACAGUAACUAUGGCAUGCAUCAGUAGUAAUCAAGCUCUUACAACUGGUAUGGGCUUGAUUGCUUUGGGUGUAUAUGAUGUAGUUGUUGCAGGUGGAGUAGAAUUUAUGUCAGAUAUACCAAUUAGACACAGUAGGGGUAUGAGAUCUUUGAUGUUGCAAGCCAAUAAAGCAAAAUCAGUUAAACAAAAAUUAGCACUUCUUGCUGGUAUUAGACCAAGUCAUUUUAUACCAGAUUUACCUGCUGUAGCAGAAUUUUCUAGUAAUGAAACGAUGGGGCAUAGUGGUGAUAGAUUAGCAGCAGCAUUUGGAGUAUCAAGAAGAGAGCAGGAUGAAUAUGCUUUACGUUCACACACUUUAGCUGCAAAAGCACAGCAACAAGGGUAUCUUACAGAUGUAGUCCCUUAUAAAGUACCAAAUAUAACCGAAGUUGUUGAUAAGGAUAAUGGCAUUCGCGUUUCUACAUUAGAACAACUAGGAAAGUUAAAACCAGCAUUUGUUAAGCCAUAUGGAAGUGUAACUGCUGCUAAUGCUUCUUUCUUAACUGAUGGAGCAUCAGCAGCUUUAAUAAUGACAGAAGAGAAAGCUCUUCAGCUUGGCCUUACUCCAAAGGCAUACUUAAAAAAUUUUACUUAUGUUUCUCAAGAUCCUGUUGACCAGUUACUUUUGGGACCAUCGUAUGCUAUACCAAAGGUAUUACAAAAAGCUAAAUUAAAUGUAAAGGAUAUUGGAGUAUGGGAAAUACAUGAAGCUUUUGCUGGACAAAUUUUAGCCAAUUUAAAAGCAUUAGAUUCUGAUACGUUCGCACAAAAUUAUUUAGGCAGGUCUACAAAAGUAGGAAUACCAGAUCUUAAUAAGUGGAAUGCCUGGGGUGGGUCUUUGUCAAUUGGUCAUCCAUUUGCAGCAACUGGAGUCCGAUUAGCUACUCAUACCGCUAACCGACUCAUUAGAGAAGAUCAACAAUUUGGAUUAAUUGCAGCUUGUGCAGCUGGUGGUCAGGGUGUAGGUAUGAUUAUGGAAAGGUACCCUGGAGCUAAAGUUUAAAACUUAAAAAGUAACAAAGACAAGAUAUUGAACAAGAGAACUAUUUAUAUAAAAAAAUAUAGUUAAGUUAUAUAAUGAAA